GAAAGCUUUCCUUCUGAGUCGCCGCGCGCAGCUGUUUGCGUUCAGAAGAAAGCUUUGAGUUGUCUUCGGGCUCUCUCCAGAUUCAGUAGAUUCGUAGCGCUGUGAAGAGGCAGAAAGAGGCGGAAGCCAGUGAAAGAGCCUGACACCUGAAACGCUUACCUUGUAAUUCAAUUAAGUGGAGGAAAAUGCUGAGGUACGCGGUAAUUGCCUGUGCUGCACUGGUGGCCUUCGCGGGAGCCCUGGAGUUCAGCGAUUGCGGCUCGAAGACGGGCAAGUUCACCCGCGUGGCCAUCGAGGGCUGCGACACCACCAAGGCGGAGUGCAUACUAAAGAGGAACACCACGGUCAGCUUCUCCAUCGACUUCGCCCUGGCCGAGGAGGCAACGGCGGUGAAGACGGUGGUCCACGGCAAGGUCCUGGGCAUCGAGAUGCCCUUCCCGCUGGCCAAUCCCGAUGCCUGUGUGGCCAGCGGCCUCAAGUGCCCGCUCGAGAAGGGCGAGUCGUACCGCUACACGGCCACCCUGCCGGUGCUGAGGUCCUACCCCAAGGUGUCCGUGCUCGUCAAGUGGGAGCUGCAGGACCAGGACCGAGCGGACAUCAUCUGCGUGGAGAUUCCCGCUAAAAUUCAGUAGGCAGUGAUAGCCAACCUCUAAGUUAACCUCGAAAUUCUGAGGAGAGCGAGCUGAGCAGUCGGGUUUUCCCUCUCCAUUGUAAUCUAAUUUAAAAUAAAUAAAUUUACACUUAAAUCUGUA